GACCCGGAACACUAGACUUCAUUAGCCAUGAAGGUGCACCAGUCAGAACCUGAUGGUGUAUCUACAUGCAAAGAAAUUCAAAAUAUAUAAAUGCUACAUUAUUAUCAGCCUGCUUCUCACUAGGCCUGAUGUAACUGGAAGAAUUCAUGACUGAGUACGUUCUAAAGGCCACUUGCAUCUGAUGCCAAGACCUACUAAUCCAACAUGGGAAAUGCAAUGAAGACUCAGACAACUGAAACUGAGAUUGAAAAUAGGACAGCCUUCAUAGAUCAAGUGUUGAAAGCUGCCGACAAUGACAUGCUUGUUGUGCUUCAUGAUUAUCCCUCUCCUGAUAUCAGUGAACCUAUCUUCAGGACAGGGGAGAAGCUGAAAGUGCUGUCUGAAGAAGGGUGUUGGUGGAAAGUAAGAUCUGUUGUCACAGGAAAUGAAAACUACAUUCCAAAUAACCAUGUAGCCAAAGUUUACCAUGGGUGGCUGUUUGAGGGAGUGGCAAGACACAAAGCAGAAGAACUGUUACAGCUUCCCAGCAACAGAGUUGGGUCUUUCAUGAUAAGAGAAAGCAAAACUGAAAGAGGCGUUUACUCCUUAUCAGUAAGGCACAGAACUAUAAAACAUUAUCGGAUCUUUCGCUUACCCAACAACUGGUACUACAUCUCUCCUCGCCUCACUUUCCAGUGCCUAGAAGACUUAGUUAACCACUACUCUGAAAUGGCGGAUGGCCUUUGCUGUAUCCUCACCAGCCCCUGCCUCACAUUCAGCAAUAACAACCUCAACCUCGCAAAUCAGCCUCCCCCUGUUGUAAUGCGACGCAACAACUUUGACUGGAACAAUGUGGAAAGGUCAGAAUUAAUAGACCAGAGUGCUGCACCUCACAGAGAGAACAGAGACUCUUUAAUAAGCUUUGGAGUCAGGAACAGCCUUGCUUCUUACCUGUCCCUUUCAAGCACAGGAAAAACCUCACAGAAAAACAGCCGUAAGAAGAAGAGCAAAUCAGUGUAUGCAGUCCCGGAUUCUGAGCACAAUGAUUUCCCUAUUGAAGAGGAAUACUAUGAAGAGCAAAUAUAGCACCAAUUAUACUUUGAAUGUCGAUAUUAAGCUUCUUUGAUCUUUGCCUGUAAGUUUCAUGACAAAUUUUAUUUUUUUUGUUGUAAAUAUCAUUCUUAGCCCCCUUGAAUAAAGUAAAAUAUCUUAUAUAAUA